CAAGAGGCCUCCCAAUCAGACCUGGGCUGCUCCAGCUGUGUCCUGAGGAGCUGGACCAGACACAUCCCCCGGGGCCGGAGUUGAAGCCGAACCAAGUGGCCAUCCCGGUGUGAGACCAGAUUCCUGACUCCGGGAGCAGCCAGAGCCAGUGGGCAGGCAGGCUUUUGCUCAGCACACUGGCUCUCCAUCGGCAGAAUGGCACUGCAAGUGGAGCUGAUACCCACUGGGGAGAUCAUCCGCGUGGUUCAUCCCCACAGGCCCUGCAAGCUUGCCCUGGGCAGUGACGGGGUGCGGGUGACCAUGGAGAGUGCACUGACGGCCCGUGACCGGGUGGGGGUACAGGAUUUCGUGCUGCUGGAGAACUUCACCAGUGAGGCAGCCUUCAUCGAAAACCUGCGGCGACGCUUCCGGGAGAACCUCAUUUACACCUAUAUUGGCCCCGUCCUGGUUUCUGUCAACCCCUACCGGGACCUACAGAUCUACAGCCGGCAGCACAUGGAACGUUACCGGGGUGUCAGCUUCUAUGAGGUGCCACCCCACCUGUUUGCAGUGGCCGACACCGUGUACCGGGCACUGCGCACCGAGCGCCGGGAUCAGGCGGUGAUGAUCUCUGGGGAGAGCGGGGCAGGCAAGACAGAGGCCACCAAGCGGCUGCUGCAGUUCUACGCUGAGACCUGCCCAGCCCCCGAGAGGGGGGGUGCUGUACGUGACCGGCUGCUGCAGAGCAACCCGGUGCUGGAGGCCUUCGGAAACGCCAAGACCCUCCGGAACGAUAACUCCAGCAGGUUCGGGAAGUACAUGGAUGUGCAGUUUGACUUCAAGGGUGCACCUGUGGGUGGCCACAUCCUCAGUUACCUGCUGGAGAAGUCCCGAGUGGUUCACCAGAACCACGGGGAGAGGAACUUCCACGUCUUCUACCAGCUGCUGGAAGGGGGUGAGGAGGAGUUGCUGCGCAGGCUGGGCUUGGAGCGGAACCCCCAGAGCUACCUGUACCUGGUCAAGGGCCAGUGUGCCAAAGUCUCGUCCAUCAAUGACAAGAGUGACUGGAAAGUCGUCAGGAAGGCUCUGACAGUCAUCGACUUCACUGAAGAUGAAGUGGAGGACCUGCUGAGUAUUGUGGCCAGCGUCCUGCAUUUGGGCAACAUCCACUUUGCCGCUGAUGAGGAGAGCAACGCCCAGGUCACCACCGAGAACCAGCUCAAGUAUCUGACCAGGCUGCUUGGUGUGGAAGGCUCGACGUUGCGGGAAGCCCUGACACACAGGAAGAUCAUCGCCAAGGGGGAGGAGCUCCUGAGCCCGCUGAACUUGGAACAGGCUGCGUAUGCACGAGACGCUCUUGCCAAGGCCGUGUACAGCCGCACUUUUACCUGGCUGGUCAGGAAGAUCAACAGGUCGCUGGCCUCCAAGGAUGCUGAGAGCCCCAGCUGGCGGAGCACCACAGUCCUUGGGCUCCUGGACAUUUAUGGCUUUGAAGUGUUUCAGCACAACAGCUUUGAGCAGUUCUGCAUCAAUUACUGCAACGAGAAGCUUCAGCAGCUCUUCAUCGAGCUCACCCUCAAGUCGGAGCAGGAGGAAUAUGAGGCAGAGGGCAUCGCGUGGGAGCCCGUCCAGUAUUUCAACAAUAAGAUCAUCUGUGACCUGGUAGAGGAGAAGUUUAAGGGCAUCAUCUCCAUUUUGGAUGAGGAAUGUCUGCGCCCUGGGGAGGCCACGGAUCUGACCUUCCUGGAGAAGUUGGAGGACACAGUCAAGCACCAUCCGCACUUCCUGACGCACAAGCUGGCUGACCAGCGGACCAGGAAAUCUCUGGGCCGUGGGGAGUUCCGCCUUCUGCACUAUGCUGGAGAGGUGACCUACAGUGUGACCGGGUUUCUGGAUAAAAACAAUGACCUUCUCUUCCGGAACCUGAAGGAGACCAUGUGCAGCUCAGAAAAUCCCAUUAUGAGCCAAUGCUUCGACCGGAGUGAGCUCAGCGACAAGAAGCGGCCAGAGACGGUUGCCACCCAGUUCAAGAUGAGCCUCCUGCAGCUGGUGGAGAUCUUGCAGUCCAAAGAGCCCGCCUAUGUCCGCUGCAUCAAGCCCAAUGAUGCUAAACAGCCAGGCCGCUUUGACGAAGUGCUGAUCAGGCACCAGGUGAAGUACCUGGGGUUGAUGGAGAACCUGCGCGUGCGCAGAGCCGGCUUUGCCUAUCGUCGCAAAUACGAAGCUUUCCUGCAGAGGUACAAGUCACUGUGUCCAGAGACAUGGCCCACAUGGGCAGGACGGCCCCAGGAUGGGGUGGCUGUGCUGGUCAGGCACCUGGGCUACAAGCCGGAAGAGUACAAGAUGGGCAGGACCAAGAUCUUCAUCCGCUUCCCCAAGACCCUGUUUGCCACAGAGGACGCCCUGGAGGUCCGGCGGCAGAGCCUGGCCACGAAGAUCCAGGCCGCCUGGAGGGGCUUUCACUGGCGGCAGAAAUUCCUCCGUGUGAAGCGAUCAGCCAUCUGCAUCCAGUCGUGGUGGCGGGGAACGCUGGGCCGGAGGAAGGCAGCCAAGAGAAAGUGGGCCGCCCAGACGAUCCGGCGGCUCAUCCGUGGAUUCAUCCUGCGCCACGCACCCCGUUGCCCUGAGAAUGCCUUCUUCCUGGACCACGUGCGCACCUCCUUUCUGCUCAACCUGCGGAAGCAUCUGCCCCGGAAUGUCUUGGACACUUCCUGGCCCACACCACCACCUGCCUUGCGUGAGGCCUCAGAGCUUCUGCGGGAGCUGUGCAUGAAGAACAUGGUGUGGAACUACUGUCGGAGCAUCAGCCCGGAGUGGAAGCAGCAGCUGCAGCAAAAAGCCGUGGCUAGUGAGAUCUUCAAGGGCAAGAAGGACAAUUACCCCCAGAGUGUCCCCAGGCUCUUCAUCAGCACACGGCUUGGUGCAGAUGAGAUCAGCCCCAAGGUACUGCAGGCCCUCGGCUCUGAGCCCAUCCAGUAUGCGGUGCCUGUGGUGAAAUACGACCGCAAGGGCUACAAAGCCCGCUCCCGGCAGCUGCUGCUGACACCCAGCGCCGUGGUCAUCGUGGAGGACGCCAAAGUCAAGCAGAGGAUUGACUACACCAACCUGACCGGAAUCUCUGUCAGCAGCCUGAGCGACAGCCUCUUUGUGCUGCAUGUGCAGCGGGAGGACAAUAAGCAGAAGGGGGAUGUGGUGCUGCAGAGUGACCACGUGAUUGAGACACUGACCAAGACAGCCCUCAGUGCUGACCGUGUGAACAACAUCAACAUCAACCAGGGCAGCAUCACGUUUGCAGGGGGCCCCGGCAGGGAUGGCAUUAUCGACUUCACGCCUGGCUCGGAACUGCUCAUCACCAAGGCCAAGAACGGGCACCUGGCUGUGGUGGCCCCACGGCUGAACUCUCGGUGAUGAAGGCGCCCACUGGACCCCCUCCCACCUCCCAAUGCUUUGCUUCUCCCCACCUCCCCUUCCCACUUACCAAAGACUCGAGCUUCUAGACAGGGACCCAGGGACACCUCGAAGCCCACUGACAAAUUCCUGCCUUUUGCUCACCCCUCUCUUGAGGGAGCAGCAGGGGCCAGGGAGCCGCCCCAGAAGUGGGCCAGGCCGGGCCACAGCAAUAGGAAAGCCGGGGACAGAGGCGGCCAUGCCAGCCCCACUGCCGAUGCCAAAUAUUUGAGAGAAGGGAACUUUUGCUGAGGUUUUCUCUGAGAUUUUUUGAUGCUUUAUAAGAAACUAUUUUUUAAAAAAGCUAUUUUCCCACCCCAAGACACACUGGAUGUGUUUUCCCUGAUGCCAGCAGGGCAGGGAGUGUAGCCGAGGGGUUGGGUGGUCUGGGCCCCGGUGCCCUCUCCCUUUCCCAGGCCACUCUCUCCUCUUCAUUCCCUUGGCACCUUUCUUUCUGCCUGCCUGCCCACCUGUACCCUUUGCAGCCCACUCUGCCAUCCCCUUGGGGGCUGAGACCACCUCUGCCUGCCCCCUUCUUCCUGCCUUAAAAAUACCCUUUCAAAAUCAUCACCCCCGCCUGAGGACAUCCUGGAGCGGGGGAAGGGGUCUUAGACCACAGAAUUUGGAACACGCCGAGAGAUCAUCUAGUGUAAGCUUCCUGGUGUGACAGAGCAGGAGACAGAGGCCCAAGAGAAGGGAUGUGCCCUUCAUCCAGCAGGUUGGGGCAAAACCAGGACUGCAGUCCUGUCUUCAACACACCUCACUGCCUCUCCAGGGACAGGUUCAUGUCUUUAAGGGUGCGUGUGGCUCCCUAACCAGCAAUCACCCUGGGGGCCAACAGGUGGGAGAAGCAGUCCUACCUGAGUCUAUGCCUUAGGAUGACAAACAUCCUGUUUAUAUACUUUGGCCCCAAUUCAAGGAUGUAGGCCCUUUCCUGGCCCUUACGCCCUCCUGUCUGCGGAGCCCAGGGAAGAGGCUAGCCUUGGGAGGAGCUGCAGAGGCAUCACCUCUUUCUGCUGUGUCCCCCCACCUCCCCAGAGGGCCUGAGCGCUGCCCAGCUGCCUCUGCCCUCCUGGGGGUCUCAGCCCACCGCUGAUACUUCUGCAAUCCAGAGAAACACUAAAUAAAGCAAUAUGUGUUUGC